UUUGAAGAACUGAGGAGGUUCAUUGCGAAGCUAAUCCCGUAUAAUGGUCAACCAAGCUUGUUGUGUGUACGUUGGCAGUCUGGAUUUCGAGGUUACCGAGAGUCAGCUAGGUGAUCAUAUGAAGUCAGCUGGUGAUGUGGAAUCGGUCGAUAUUCUGGUUCGUAGAGAUGGCAAGUCCAAGGGUUGCGCUCUUGUCGAAUACAAGACUGAGGAGGCUGCCGAGAAGGCUAUCGACACCCUCAAUGAUACCGAGGUCGGCAAACGCAAGAUAUUCGUCAGAGAGGACCGCGGGCCCAUCGAGGAGAUGGAUCAAGAUGCUGCCACUACCCGUCAGGGGAAGGGCAAGGGCGGCAAAGGCAAGGGUAAAGGAAAGGGGAAGGGCUUCAAGGGCCGAGAUAGAAUUCGCCCAUUGAAGGUUGGCGAGAAGGACGUCCACAGGCUGAUCUAUGUUGGCAAUUUGCCUUGGAGGACUGCCUGGCAAGAUCUUAAGGAUCUAUUCCGCGAAUGUGGAGACGUGAUCCGUGUCGACAUGGCUGAGGGUUGGGAUGGAAGGUCGAAGGGCUUUGCCACCAUCCUCUUCCAAGAUCCUGAAGGAGCUCAGAAGGCUAUUGAAAAGUAUAACGGUUACGAGCUCCAAGGACGUAAAUUGUUCGUUCGUGAGGACCAAUUCUUGAAGGAGGACGGAACCUAUACUAGAAGCCGCAGGUCGAGUAGUCAGAAAGAAGACCAUCCAGCUGAUGCCAAUGUCGCUCAAAAGGCGCCGCAGGUUGUUGCUGCUGAUGACCGUGAUGACUAAGUCGAGUUGCGUACUUCGCCAUCACCAUCUCAACCGAUCUCUGUUGAAAUUACUAUAAGUAUAGUGACUAUCAUUUGGUGAAUAUGGUGAAGUCGUUUCUAGUUGUUGCCUUUCCAACCGUCUAUGUGGCGGUGGAAGCGCUAGAGACAACGUCGAUUUUCUUUCAUUACGAAGGUGAUCGUUGGAUGUUGUAGAAAUGGGGACUAUUAGAGUAUCAAUUUAUGAGUUGGAAGAAGCUACUUAGUAUCGGGUAUAUUACGAUACAGCACAUUGCUACUCGCAAG